AAACGGAUAUAACGAGCUGAAAUAUUGAAAACAUGAUUUUUCAAUUGACACGCAAAACUUUUCUCGCCAUAUUGGGAUUUAGUUUUCUGAUAGCGGCCAUAAUCGUUUUAUGUUUCACCACUGUCUCCAUGUCGGAAAUUGAAAAAUGUUUCAGCACGGAAGUGGAUACGGAAAAUUCAACAUUGGAAUUAGUACAUAUUGUUCUACGCCACGGCCCACGUACUCCAGUUGAUACAUAUCCCAAUGAUCCAUAUUUACAUUCGAAAUUUGAACCUACAGGUUGGGGGCAUGUAACUAAUAAAGGAAAACGUGAACUCUAUGAAUUGGGUGAAUUGUUGAAUCAGCGCUAUGGCAAAUUUAUGGAACCCUAUUAUACACCGGAUAAAGUACAUGCCCAGGCUACAGCAUCUCCGCGUGCAAUGAUGACUUUGGCAACCGUAUUGGCUAGUAUGUUUCCACCCAAAAACACGCCCAUGGAAUGGCAUCCGGCAUUAAAUUGGCAACCGAUACCAAUAUUUUCUGAGCCAUUAGAUCAAGAUUCGCUCCUUUUGGUCAGGACACCGUGUCCCCGCUAUUUCGAGGCACGUCAAGAAGUACUGGAACUACCCGAAGUUAAAGAAGAACAUGCUAAAUAUGCAAGUCUUUUCCGCAACUUAUCAUCUUUGACAGGUCUAAAUAUAACCGAAGCGGAACAUAUCAAUUCCUUGUAUAUUACCCUCGAAGCUGAACGAGAUUUCGGCCUACCACUACCAGAAUGGACUAAAGAUUAUUUCCCUGAGAAAAUGCAAUUUAUGGCCGAACAGAGUUAUAUCUAUAAUGCCUACACGCCGGAGAUGCAAAAAAUCAAAGGAGGUCCCUUUCUCAAGAAAAUGUUCGAUGAAAUGUUGCGGAAACGUAACAAUACUCUAAAACCGGCAGAUAGGAAAUUAUUUAUUUACACUGGGCAUGAUUGGACAGUGGGUAGUAUUUUGUCGGCUCUAAAUGUGUGGGAACGACAAAUGCCCAGUUUUUCCGUUAUGACAAUAUUUGAACUGCAUCGAAAUUUGGAGACUGGUGAAUAUUAUGUGGAGAUUUUCCUACGUAACAACGAAAAAGGCUGUCUGCACGAAUUACGCCCACCUCAUUGUCAUCGUAAGUGUCCCCUAGAUAGAUUGGUGGAAUUAAGUGCCGAUGUCCUACCCAAUGAACCCUAUGAACAGCGUUGCCGAGCCAAAAACAGUAAUUUUGUGGAACCACCUCCAAGGUUGAUUGAUCAGUAG